AUGACUUUGUCACGAUCACCCUCUCCCCGCCCGGGUGGAGGGUGGUCCAGUCCGGCACUCAACGCGGCAGCCGACGCCGGCUCACCUGGUACAUUCUCCCCGAAUGAAAUCUCAUGGGGUUCCGUCAAAGCAAUAAGUGAUGAAACUGACGGUUAUCCCUCCUUCGCGUCGCGCAAUACCGGCUUUUUCUCCCGACAGCGACUCAAGAUAUCCACGCGUUUGUCUACACUGUGGCGAGGUUCCUCGCACGAAUACAGCGAGAAAGAUGACCACGGCCCAAAAUGGAGACACACAGACUGCUUUAGGCGCAACAUGUGUUCCCUACCAGGGAUUUCUACCCGUCGGGGGAGAUUCCGGCUCUUGGUACGUCUGCUCAUCCUGUGGAUUGUAUAUCUGCUUUUUUUGUCAUCAAUCGUUCCGAUAUACCGUCGAUCGCCGGUGGGCGGCGGUCAAAAGUUCGUCAUCAUCCUUGGGUCUAACGUUGAGGGCGGUGUUAUGGAGUUGAAAGGUGCCCGGGAGUGGGCGAUUGAGCGCAACAGCAUCUGGAACAAAAAGAAUUACGCUUUGAAGUGGGGAUAUCAAUUAGAGCUGGCGAAUCUUCUCGCGAAGAAGCGGUACUCCCACGAAUGGCGAGAGAGCUGGGAGAAAGGUGAUAUUAUCAGAGAAGCCAUGCUCAAAUAUCCACAUGCGGAGUGGUUUUGGUGGCUCGAUCUUAAUACAUGGAUCAUGGAAUACGAUACAUCCCUACAACAACAUAUCUUCAACAACCUUGAGUCGAAGGUGUACCGCGACAUAACCGCCUACAACCCCAUGAACAUUACACACCCACUGCCAGAAUUCUGGCUUGAUGGGCUGGGACGGUCAACCGAGGGGGACGGCAACCCAGACUCUCUAAACAUGCUUCUAUCGCAAGAUUGCGCCGGUUUCAAUUUGGGAUCAUUCUUUAUUCGCCGCUCUCUAUGGGCCGACCGACUCCUUGACGCUUGGUGGGAUCCCGUCAUGUAUGAGCAGAUGCACAUGGAAUGGGCGCACAAGGAACAAGAUGCCUUUGAAUAUAUCUAUCAAAGUCAACCUUGGGUCCGGAGUGGAGUCGGUUUCCUCCCACAGCGCAGCAUCAACGCCUUCCCACCAGGUGCCUGUGGAGACCAAGAGAACCCGAAUGUGCAUUACCAACAGAAUGCCCGUGACUUCGUGGUUAAUAUGGCGGGCUGCAUGUUUGGUCGUGAUUGCUGGUCCGAGAUCUACUACUACCGUGAGCUUAGCAAGUGGCUCAGCCGGCCUCUGUGGAUACGAUUCAAGGAAAGUGUGAUAGAUGCAUACGAUGGAUUGCGAGGGAAAAUCAAGAAAACUUGA